GGAAACACACGGAAAAGCCUUGAAGAAGACGGCUCCACUAGAGUCACUCCGAGUGUCCAGUCCCAUCCUCUGCCCGUCAGAAGCAUGAGUGUGAGCCAGACCAUGGAGGACAGCUGUGAGCUGGACCUGGUGUAUAUCACAGAGCGGAUCAUCGCCGUCUCCUUCCCGAGCACGGCCAACGAGGAGAACUUCCGGAGCAACCUCCGCGAGGUGGCCCAGAUGCUCAAGUCCAAACAUGGAGGCAACUACUUGCUUUUCAACCUCUCUGAGCAGAGACCUGACAUCACGAAGCUUCACACCAAGGUGCUGGAAUUUGGCUGGCCGGACCUGCACACACCUGCCCUGGAAAAGAUCUGCAGUGUAUGCAAGGCCAUGGAGACUUGGCUUAACGCUGACCCCCACAAUGUCGUCGUGCUCCACAACAAGGGAAACCGAGGGAGGAUUGGUGUCGUCAUCGCGGCUUACAUGCACUACAGCAACAUCUCCGCCAGUGCAGACCAGGCUCUGGACCGGUUUGCAAUGAAGCGAUUCUAUGAAGAUAAGAUUGUUCCCAUUGGUCAGCCAUCCCAGAGAAGGUAUGUGCAUUACUUCAGCGGCCUCCUCUCCGGCUCCAUAAAAAUGAACAACAAGCCCUUGUUCUUGCAUCACGUGAUCAUGCACGGCAUCCCCAACUUCGAGUCUAAAGGAGGGUGUCGACCAUUUCUCCGGAUCUACCAAGCCAUGCAACCCGUUUACACAUCGGGCAUCUACAACGUCCAAGGAGACAGCCAGACCAGCAUCUGCAUCACCAUCGAGCCUGGACUGCUCUUGAAGGGUGACAUCUUGCUGAAGUGUUACCACAAGAAGUUCCGGAGCCCAGCGCGUGACGUCAUCUUCCGCGUGCAGUUCCACACCUGCGCCAUCCAUGACUUAGGGCUUGUCUUUGGGAAGGAAGACCUUGAUGAUGCCUUCAAAGAUGAUCGGUUUCCAGAAUAUGGCAAAGUGGAGUUUGUCUUUUCUUACGGACCAGAGAAAAUUCAAGGCAUGGAGCAUCUGGAGAAUGGGCCGAGUGUGUCUGUGGACUACAACACCUCCGACCCCCUCAUCCGUUGGGACUCCUACGAUAACUUCAGUGGGCAUCGAGAGGAUGGCAUGGAGGAGGUGGUGGGACACACGCAGGGGCCGCUGGACGGAAGUCUCUAUGCCAAGGUGAAGAAGAAGGACUCCUUGCACGGCAGCACCGGGGCGGUCAACACCGCGCGGCCCACCCUCUCGGCCACCCCAAACCACGUGGAGCACACGCUGUCCGUGAGCAGCGACUCGGGCAACUCCACAGCUUCCACCAAGACUGACAAGACCGAUGAGCCCGCCCCGGGCCCCUCCGGAGCCCCCGCGUCUCUGAGUCCCGAGGAGAAGCAAGAGCUGGAUCGCCUGCUCAGCGGCUUUGGUUUAGAGCGAGAGAAGCGAGGCCCCAUGUACCACGCCCAGCACCUCAGGUCCCACCAGGCGGGGGGCCCGGCCGUGUCCUCCACUGGCCGCCACGUCGUCCCAGCCCAGGUGCACGUCAAUGGCGGGGCCUUGGCACCUGAGCGAGAGACAGACAUCUUGGAUGAUGAACUGCCCAACCAGGAUGGACACAGUGUGGGCAGCAUGGGCACUCUGUCCUCCCUGGAUGGGGUCACCAACACCAGUGAGGGAGGCUACCCGGAGGUCCUGUCCCCACUGACCAAUGGUCUAGACAAGUCCUACCCAGUGGAGCCCAUGGUCAAUGGCGGGGCCUACCACUAUGAGUCAGCUAGCCGGGCAGGCCCUGCCCAUGCUGCCCACCCAGCCCCCAUAAGGCCCUCCUACUCUGCACAAGACAGCUUAGCUGGGUACCAGCGAGAGGGACCCCACCCAUCCUGGGCACAGCCAGUGGCCGCCUCCCACUACGGCCAUGACCCCAGCAGUAUGUUUCGCUCACAGUCCUUUCCGGAAACUGAAUGCCAGCUCCCCCCAGCUCCGGCCCGCAGUGGAAGCAGCCGGGAGGCCGUGCAGAGGGGGCUAAAUUCAUGGCAGCAGCAGCAGCAACAGCAGCCUCGUCCCCCUCCCCGCCAACAGGAAAGGGCCCAUUUGGAGAGUCUAGGGCCCAGCAAACCCAGCCCUCAGCUGCUGGCAGAGACCCCCACCCCUGGUCUCCCCGAGUUCCCGAGGGCAGCCUCCCGCCAGGAGAUUGAGCAGUCCAUCGAGGCCCUCAACAUGCUGAUGCUGGACCUGGAGCCAGCCUCAGCCGCUACCCCUCUGCACAAGUCCCAGAGCGUCCCAGGGGCCUGGCCAGGGGCCUCCCCACUCUCCUCUCAGCCCUUCUCUGGAUCCUCCUGCCAGUCCCAGCCACUGACUCAGUCUAGAUCUGGCUACAUCCCUAGUGGGCAUUCCUUGGGAACCGCUGAGCUGGGCCCACGGGCCUCCUUGGAGUCCGUCCCGCCUGGCAGGUCUUAUUCACCUUACGAUUAUCAGCCAUGUCCGGCUGGGCCUAACCAGAGUUUCCGUCCGAAGAGCCCAGCCGCCUCCUCUUCGCCUGCCAUUCUUCCGAACACCCAUGCCCUUCCCGGGCCUCAGCAGCCGCCGACCUCUCUUCCUGGCCUCACAGUGCAGCCUCAGCUUCCACUGAAAGAGGUGACUUCAGACCCAUCCCGGACUCCAGAGGAAGAGCCUUUGAACCUGGAAGGGCUGGUGGCCCACCGGGUAGCAGGGGUACAGGCCCGAGAGAAGCAGCCUACAGAGCCCCUGGCCCCUCUCCGGAGGCGGGCAGCCAGUGAUGGACAGUAUGAGAACCAGUCUCCAGAACCCACAUCCCCCCGGAGCCCUGGGGUUCGCUCCCCUGUCCAGUGUGUCUCUCCGGAGCUGGCUCUUACCAUUGCACUCAAUCCAGGAGGGCGUCCCAAAGAGCCCCAUCUGCAUAGCUACAAGGAGGCCUUUGAGGAGAUGGAUGCCACCUCCCCGACCAGCCCUCCACCCAGUGGUGUUCGCUCCCCUCCAGGCCUGGCCAAGACGCCUCUGUCUGCUCUGGGCCUGAAACCCCACAAUCCAGCAGAGAUCCUGUUGCACCCCACAGGCGUCCCCAGGAAACUGAUCCAUCCAGAGGAGGAUGAGGGGAAGGUGGUGGCCGAGCUGUCUGAAGAGCCCCGGAGCUAUGUCGAGUCUGUGGCGAGGACAGCCAUGGCUGGGCCCCGAGCCCAGGAGCCUGAGCCCAAGAGCUUUAGUGCCCCAGCAGCUCAGGCAUAUGGCCAUGAGACACCCCUGAGGAAUGGGGUGCUGGGUGGCUCUUUUGUCUCUCCGAGCCCCCUCUCUACCAGCAGCCCCAUCCUCAGCGCUGACAGCACUUCAGUGAGCAGUUUCCCCUCCGCGGAGAGCAGUGACCAGGGCCCCCGAACACCCACCCAGCCUCUGUUGGAUUCUGGCUUCCGCUCCGGCAGCCUGGGGCAACCUAGCCCUUCAGCCCAGAGAAGUUACCAGAGCUCUUCUCCUCUCCCGACCGUGGGCAGCAGCUACAGCAGCACCGACUACUCCCUCCAGCAGUUCAACUCGUCUCCCGAGAGCCAGGCCCGGCCUCAGUUUGGCGUGACCGGCACCCACACGACACCUGGGAGCCCGCAGGCACGUCACAGGACAGUGGGCACCAACACUCCUUCUAGUCCUGGCUUUGGUCGGCGUGCUGCCAACCCCGGCAUGGCUGCCCCUGGCAGCCCCAGUUUGAGCCAUCGCCAGGUUAUAGGUCCACAUGGCAAUGUAGGAACUGGUUUCCAUAGUAACAUGAUCUCCAGCCCCCAGAGCAGUGCAGCAACCACUCCAGGGAGCCCCAGUCUGGGCCGUCACCCUGCAGGAGCCCCCCAGGCCUCAGGCUUCCAUGGCAAUGUAGCCACUACCCCUGGGAGCCCCAGCCUGGGCCGGCACCCUGGGGCCCACCAGGGCAGCCUGGCCUCCAGUCUCCAUGGCGGUGCAGUAGGCAGCCCUGGGAGCCCCAGCCUGGGGCGUCACCUUGGAGGGUCCGGAUCGGUGGUUCCUGGCAGCCCAAGCUUGGACCGGCACGCGGCCUAUGGCGGCUACUCCACUCCUGACGAGCGGAGACCCACGUUGUCCCGGCAGAGCAGUGCCUCUGGCUACCAGGCCCCGUCCACGCCCUCCUUCCCGGUCUCCCCUGCCUACUACCCUGGCCUGAGCAGCCCUGCCACCUCCCCCUCGCCGGAUUCAGCAGCCUUCCGGCAAGGGAGCCCAACACCAGCCUUGCCAGAGAAGCGGAGGAUGUCAGUGGGAGACCGAGCAGGCAGCCUCCCCAACUACGCCACCAUCAAUGGGAAGGUGUCCUCCUCACCUGUCGCCAGCGGCAUGUCCAGCCCCAGCGGGGGUAGCACUGUCUCCUUCUCGCACACUCUGCCUGACUUCUCCAAGUACUCCAUGCCAGACAACAGCCCUGAGACGCGGGCUAAAGUAAAGUUUGUCCAGGACACUUCCAAAUAUUGGUACAAGCCUGAGAUCUCACGAGAACAGGCCAUUGCACUCCUGAAGGACCAGGAGCCGGGGGCCUUCAUCAUCCGUGACAGCCACUCAUUCCGAGGAGCCUAUGGGCUGGCUAUGAAGGUGUCAUCUCCCCCUCCGACCAUCAUGCAGCAAAAUAAAAAAGGAGAUAUGACCCAUGAGCUGGUGAGGCAUUUCCUGAUCGAGACUGGUCCCAGAGGAGUCAAGCUCAAAGGCUGCCCCAAUGAGCCAAACUUCGGAUCUCUGUCUGCCCUGGUCUACCAGCACUCCAUCAUCCCAUUGGCUCUGCCCUGUAAGCUGGUCAUUCCAAACCGAGACCCCACAGAUGAAUCGAAAGAUAGCUCUGGUUCUGCCAACUCCACCACAGACCUGCUGAAGCAAGGGGCAGCCUGCAAUGUGCUGUUCGUCAACUCUGUGGACAUGGAGUCACUCACUGGGCCUCAGGCCAUCUCCAAAGCUACUUCUGAGACGCUGGCUGCUGAUCCCACACCAGCCGCCACUAUUGUUCACUUCAAGGUCUCCGCCCAGGGAAUCACUCUGACUGACAACCAGAGAAAGCUCUUCUUCAGACGACACUAUCCCCUCAACACUGUCACCUUCUGUGCGCUGGAUCCACAGGAAAGAAAGUGGAUGAAAACGGAGGGAGGUGCCCCUGCGAAGCUCUUCGGCUUUGUGGCUCGGAAGCAGGGCAGCACCACGGAUAACGCCUGCCACCUCUUCGCUGAGCUCGACCCCAACCAGCCGGCCUCCGCCAUUGUCAACUUCGUCUCCAAGGUCAUGCAGAGCGCUGGCCAGAAGAGAUGA